CUAUGAGUUUCACUGCAGCAGCGAGUGGAUUAGUCGUCUUCCUGCUCUCUGUGUCAGUGGUUCAGGGUGAGCAUGGCUGGGGAGUGACUUACUCUUCUACUGAGAUCUGUGCAGUGAAAGGAUCAACAGUGGAGAUAAGAUGCAGCUUCACAUACCCAUCUACAUGGAAAGGUGGUGUUAACACAGUAGAGAAAACUUUCUGGUUCACUGAGAAGAAAGAUGAUGAAUGUGUAGAUCUGACCACAGUCUCAGAGUAUGCAGGUCGUGUUGAGGAUCUCUGUGAAAACAACAUCUGCACUCUGAGACUCAGAAACCUGAGAGAGAGCGACUCAGUUCAGUACAAGUUCAGGAUCAAAACAAACCAAGAUACAUACUUUGGUUAUCCUGGACCCACUCUGUCCGUCACAGACUCUCCAAAGCCUCCCUCUGUGUCAGUGAGUCCCUCUGCUGAGAUAGAGGAGGGCAGUUCAGUGACUCUGACCUGUAGCAGUGAUGCUAACCCAGCAGCUAACUACACCUGGUACCAGGAGGAUGGAAAUGCACACCUUUCUUCUUUCAAUGAAGGACCACGUCUUUUCCUCAGCUCCAUCCCGUCCUCUGACUCUGGACAGUAUUACUGCAGAGCUGGGAAUAUGCUGGGGAACACAAUAUCUGAAUCCAUCUCUAUUGAUGUGACAUGUGAGUGAAACCCAGAUCAUAUAAAAAGCAUCAUGCAACCAAUGGCAACUUGUUCACAGUCUUCUGCUGAGGUCAAUGAGAUGGAGAGCAGCUA